AGAUGUGUUUCCGGUGUGACACCAAACCUCAAUCUGGUCAGCCAUUUUUUGUAUGUAUCUGCUGUGACGUACGAAAGUUAUCGGAAUUUUUACGCGCUGCCUGGCCAUGUCUGACGAACGGGAACGCGGAGUGGUGGUACCACGCAACUUCCGUCUGCUAGAAGAGUUGGAGCAAGGCCAGAAAGGUGUUAGCGAUGGCACCAUUAGCUGGGGCCUUGAGGACGACUGCGACAUGACGCUGACUCACUGGACUGGCAUGAUCAUUGGCCCACCAAGGACUCCGUAUGAGAACCGGAUCUACAGCCUGCGUGUGGAGUGUGGAUCCCAGUACCCGGAUGAACCCCCUUGUGUCAAGUUCAUUUCCAAGAUCAAGAUGGUUGGCAUCAGUGAGAGCAAUGGUGGUGUGGAGAAGCGCAGCCUGAGUGUGCUCAACCGCUGGCAGAGGAACUACUCUAUUAAGACGGUGCUGCAGGAGUUGAGGCGUGCCAUGACCCUCAAGGAGAACCAGAGGAUGGCUCAGCCACCUGAAGGAUCCACUUUUUAAUAAGUGGUGCUCUCCCCUUCUGUACUGGGCUGCUGCUGCCACCACUACCACCACCGCUCUUCUCUGUGUCUCAUUUUGGCCUUCUUUUCUUGCGUUCAAUUUUUUGAGAGCCAUGGCAGUCUUCUCUCCUUAAUUUUUGUAUAUGAUGCAGCUCGUCUCUCAAACUUUCUCCCUCAAUCCUCUUCUGCUUGUAGAGCGCAGGCAUACUGUUAGGGGAGGAGAUAGCUACACCUGUGGCCGCUGCUAAAAAUUUUGUUAAUUUCUCCCAAAUAUCAGCUCUUGAGUAUAUUACAUGCAGAGCUUUCUUUAUCUUUUGUGUAAUUCUUUGCAUACAGGCCCAUUUUUCCUCUUUUGGCUUAGGGAGCUAGUGGCACUCGAAAUUCUUUUUUAAUCUCACCUUUAAAGCAAAUAUGACAAGCAUUGCCCUUUCCUACAUUAGCAGAACAGCCUUAGACCAUAUGGAAUUAGAGGAGUGUACUGCAGUGUUUGCAAUAAAGACCAGUCCAGUUUUUUAACUGUCAAGCUGAAAUAUGCAGGAAAGUAAAUAAAAAAACAGGCCAUUUUAAAGUGCUGAAAAUUUUUCUGUAUACAUUUUGCACUGAUUCUUCUUUGGUUUGAGGCUGGCCAUGAACAUGCCUUGUACCAUCGGCUGAUGCCCUUCCUUCCCUCAAGCAUGAAGUGGGUAGGAAAUGGUAGUGGAACACUAAUGCUCACCUGGGAAAUCUACAAAAUGUUGGAUAUCUUGGCCUUGAGCUCUGCUGAAUGAAACAAUCUUAAUGUUUGAUAAAGAAAGCCUUCUGACCAGUCUUUUGCUACAUUGCUUUAUUCUCUGCGCCAGCCUGGCAGGCUGUUUCGUGCAUCUGCAGGAUGUGUGUUCGGAACUGCUGCUCUGCGCACAUGCACAUGUUAAAAGAGUUGCAGUGAAGGUAGUGUCCACAUGGCGUGCCUUGAGUCGUGUGCCAGUUGUGGCCAUAAGUAUAUGUUUGUCCCCAGCAUUCACCAAGUGGUGAAUUGGCUUGGUUGGGGUGAGCCCUUUACGCUGACUUUGACACACAUUGUAGACAUAGUAACUUUCCAGUGAAUGAUGUUCGAUUGUCCUUUCGAUGAAUAAUUUAUUUUCACUAAAUGAGUUCUGCAGAAGUCAAUGAGGUGGAGGUAGCUUAAAGAAAAAUAAUCUUGCCACCUGACUGUUGUAGAGUGUUACAAAAGGAACCAGAAUAACUUCUUGAAAAGCAAACCAUUGAUAAAAGUCAGCCUGGAUUGGGAAUCAUGCCUGGAGCCACCACCAUAUCGGAGCAGCUCCUUCACUUUUCAGAUUCUGUAGAACUCAUUUGGUUGAUAUAUCACUACGUUCUUCCAGUUGUCAAUUGAUCUGGUUUAGCACUACCUUCUGGUUAGCUCAGUCGGUAGAGUGACUGCACCACCCCUGUGGUGGCCCUGGGUUUGAUUCCCAAAGCGGGAGAAACUUUUUAACUGUGAGAUUUGCUUCUUAAGAAACGGAGCUGGUUUCAUUGUGUAGCACUCUACUGCAGUCAAGUGGAAGGUAAUUUAUUUUUGGGACUACUACACAUGGCACUAACUAAACUUAAUUUUAGUGCAAUGUGACAUAUUAUUCUCUCCUUUUACUUUUCAGGCCUGCUGUGAGCGUUGUAGAUUUUGUUAAUUUGUUUAGAUGCAGUGCACACUGUAUCAAAAUAUCUUUGUUUCGUAGCUGCCAAGAAAACCUGGAAUGAAAGCUAGUUAUAUUUUCUCUGGGUAUUGCCGACAGUCAUGUGUAAGUAUGAUAGGUGCAUAUGUAAUGUACUUUUUUUGUGGGUGUAUUAAAGGGUCUCUGCCACACCUUUUCUCCAAAACUAAAGAGGCUGUUAUUGUGAUGCUUUUCAAUAAACAAAUUCCGAGAAAAAUUUUUAAGUACCUAAUAUUAAUGAUACACAGAGCACAAUGUUUCUCUUCUCACUUCCCCUCAAUGCACCCAUAAAUGGUAAAAAAACUUGGCCCUGCCUACGUUUUUUUAUGUUGCGCUGUAUUUUUAUAACUAAAAAAAAAAAACGCGGCUUUUCGCCGUCAACGGACCCUCCCUCCAGCCACUGGUGGGGCCGUCGCUUAUUGACGCGUUUUGGCAUAGUCACGAUGACGCGGCAAUGCCAUUGGCUGGAGGGGGGGGUCUCUUGACGGCGGAAAGCUGUUGUUUUUGCUUAGUUGUAUUGAAGCAUUGUUGCCAUUCAAGCUUAGUGUCUGAGAUAAGUACUAGAGUGCGACAAAAGGAGUAAACACCAUCGUCGGGGCUUGUCUAUAACCAGUAUAGCUUCACACUUUAUAGAAAAUUGGGGAAGUGUGUAUCACGUGUGGACUCGGGAGCAACUCCUGAUGAGAACAUUUGCCCAGUGGUUGGCACCUAUGGUUUGUCACAUUUCUAUGACGUCGUAUGUGGAGCAUAAUAGACCAUGACCUUGGAAAGUGCAAGAGUGUGAGAGAGAUCUUUUAUACACGAUUGUGGGCUCCCUACUACAUGCAUUGAAUGAAUGAUUUGCAUAGUAAAUGUAACGUUGCCUUCAGAUCACACAAGGUUUUGUCUGUGAAAUGUUUCAAUGCCCUUUAGGUUUGAGAGCAAGAAAUACCUGUGAAGUUUGUGUACUCUAAGGGAGUGACAUAAUAUAGUGUUCUUGAUUGCUUCAAAGCUUUGUUGCUUUAAGUCGUAAAUAUUUUUUUAAAACAAAGGUUGUUUCAGUCUCUUGUUAACAAACAGUAAUCAGAAUAAUAUAGAUGUGUAUAUUCUUUGUCAUGUCCAGUUUUUUAUAACUAGUUCUUGCUUUAAUUAUUUUAAGUGAGCCUCACUUUGGGUUUCAUAAAAAAACUGCAUAUAUUUGCGUAUUUUCUAUUGUGAUAAGGCCACAUAUUAAAAACUUUUGUGAUAACUUGUGUAUGAAGCAACAAGAAGGCAUUCAUAGCCCUAAACAUGACUUUUCGUACAAUAUCAGUAGAUUUGGAUGUCUGAACAAAUGCAGUGCAUGUACAGAAACUGAGAUCAUUCAGGGAACUUCUUGCGGCUCUCAGGAAUGGCUGGUUUCAAAAAUUUAAUGAAGCACUUCAUAGAUAUGGAUUCCAUGUUUUUGCAAUAUCUUUUAAAUUGGAUGUGUCUGAUUAUAAAGAUUUGUGCUGGUGCAGCAUGGCUGUGUUGGGUAUACUGGAUGAUAUGUACCAUUUUGUGCCUAGCUAUGAUUUUCCUUUGCACUCAAGUGCAAUAGUGCCACACGUGCUGUAAAGGGACUGACAACUGCUUUUUAGGACCCUCUCUCCCAUCCUCCUUUUUUUUUCUGAGCUUAUCGAAAUCUUCAAUCACUCUGUGUUGCUGUGCUUAACUUCUAGUAGCACAGUCAACCUUUCUCACAGUGCAUGCACUCUUCCCCUGUUGGAAAAGUGGCAAAACGCUGUGGUAGGGUCUCUGAUCUUGGAGAUUUUUGUUCUGGCUGGCAGCUUGUACCGGAUUACUCCAUGAUGCUCUGCCAACCGACAAUACUGUCAGAGGGCAGCACAGAAGAUGGAAAAAGGCGAAAUGAUGGUGGUGGAAUGCCAGAAAAAAUGAGUACCUGGAAAAGUGGAAAUUUCAUAGUAAUUUUAGUUCAAUCAGUAUAGCCCUGCAAUAGCUUGCUCACUAAUGGCUAAACAGGCACAGGGUACAUAUCUUUCUCAAACGAAAGAUUUUUGUAUGACCAUUAAAGGCACCCAACUGUAAAUGAACUUCUUGGGUUCCUUGAAACCUAGUGCAAAAGCACAGCAUAUUAUUUCUACCAGCAUUGCUCAGAAAGCUGAAAAUAGCUGCACAGAGUUUGUAUUUUCAUAGCGAGACCUAUGGCUGCAAGUUUUAUUUAGGAUUUUGCAGAACUCGUAAAUUCAUCUACCAACCUGUGUAAUGUGUGAAUUAUGUAGUAUAUGAAUUAUUCACUCUGUGCGGAGUGUCAAUUUGUUUAAUUUAAUCUAAACCUGAGAUUUGAAAGUUCCCUAAAAUGUGAAGCAGUUAUAAUUUAUUUUUGUAGUGUAGAGUCCUCUCAGCUUUUUGGCAUUAUGUUCAAAAAGUUAAGGUCCUUGGGCAUUUGAAAAUAUGUAGUUUGUGUUUGACUGGAACUGUUAAAAAUGAAGUUGACCUCUAACAGCAUGUGUGCAUGUGCACACACAUGCACAUAAAAAUAAGUCAGAAUUGUUGAGUGACGAGAAAGCCGCAGUGUGUGGCAAGACUGAGUAAUUUUAGGUUUGAAAUGAAGUUUGGCAUGCUCAUAUUUUGAGUCUUACUCUGUUCAUCUUUCCCACUGAAAUUUGGUUGAUGGGCUGUUUGGUUUAUAACUUAUAACUAUCACAACAAAUGUUACCGAUUGAUGUAGCCUGAAAGGACCACAAUAGCCUUGUGGUGUGUCUUUAUUUUCCAUAAAUGUCAUAAGCGUUCCAGCACUGUUUUCAAAGCGGGUGUUCACUGAACAUCCAUGCAAAAAUGAGAGUUUGUGGAAAAUAGAUCAUGUGGGAAACUUCAUAAAAAUGAAGUAUUAAAAGCUGCUGAAUUAUUAAAGGCUGAAGUAUUAAAGGAAGAAGAAGAAGAAGAAAUGGAAGUUCUCUUGACCACAAAAGCACAUUAAUUCAAAGGUCAUUUUGUAGGUAAGCUGUAAGAGUGUGGUUUUCCACAUCUUAGUCGCAUGAUGUGGAUAGAUGUGAAGUUUUAAUUCUCUCAAUUGUGCCUGUUUUCACAGUAUUAAGCAUGACCUUUUUUGCCUGUAUUAAGCUUUCAAAUUUUCUUCAGUUGUUGGUCCCUUUAAGUGGUGGUGUUGCUAUUAGACUAACAAAAACAGGAAAAACGCUGAAAUAAAGCUGAUCGUGCAAAUUAAAGCACAAUCAACUUAUUGGUACUUGGAGAAUCCUCUUUAAAAAGGACUGCUAUCAAAGGAUUUUUUAGAACUGUCACUGGCCAGGUGUGUGCAUUUCUAUAUCCUGCCGGAUAGGUUAUAUUGCCAGCUGCUAGGAUUUAUUUGGAAGCCAAUAUAAAAACCUGUCUGUUUCUUAGCUCGCCUUUUCUUGAUGUUUUCAGUUAACUCACAAAUUUGGUUGGACAUGGUAGUGUAAGAUCUUGUACACAUACACGCUCUGUCCUGCUGGGUUUGUGCAGUUGUUUUAUUCAGGCCAUGAAUGAUUGUGUUUGAAAAAACAAAGGAGUGGCAUUGUGAAGCUGGAUAACACAGUUACCUCUGCUCAUUCUGCUGUGUGCUGUAGGUGUAGAAAGUUUCGCUGCACAUUGCCAUUAUUAUGGUGAACAGCGGUUUGUUUGGCAAAGCGUUUUUUCAAGAUGUGCUGGUACUUAUGCAGUCUGUGCUGUACAAAAAUGCUCGCAAGAGUGACUGACUUGUCAUUUAGUUAUGUAAUAAAAUCACUUCUCAUUAAAA